CAGGCAUUUCUUCCGCAUGCCCGCUGCUUUCUCCACGAAAGGCCUGCCUCUCUUGGUUGAGAAGGAUUGCUCCGGCUAAGUGGCUGAGACGCAUAGAGCAGCCUUUCGCCUCCAGCGAAUUGUCUGUGCACCCACAGGGGAAAGAAGCAACACCGGAUUAGAGGGCCAUUGUCGUAGGAGGGGCGUGGGUCUCCCCGCCCUCGCGCGCCGCUCUCCUUUUUUCCCAGCUUCCCUAACGUCGCGGGGGUGUUGUUAGGCGGGCGUUGCGCCUGCGCCAGAUGCGCCUUUCUGAACUGGGAGCGUUGCCUCGGCAGGAAGGGCUCCGAGGCUGCCGGAGGGAAGAAGGUGCGGCGCGUCAAGGAGGGAGGCUGCGGCGCGCUCCUGCCGCGGAGAGUGAGCCUUGACCUCCUACAGCCCUUUCUGUGUCAUAGGCAUCUUUGACCUGCCAUGCGGUUUUUACAAAAAGAAGGUAUUGUACUUCAAAGUAUGCUGCAGAAAGCUUGUGCGCUGCCAAGUGACUGUGUUCGGUUACUUGGUGUCUAAUACCGGUAUAUCUCUGCUUGCGCUAGCAGUGCAGAACCAAAUGUGUUUUUUAAAGUUUCUUGUCUGAGACUUCGAAUUUUACUGGCUGUGUUGGAAGUGUGCGUUUGGUGAUGGCACAGAUAUCACAUGUUUUGAUUUGGCUAUCUGAGGGCCCAAGUACAAACCUGUGCAUUAAAUAUGAAAGGUAAAAAGGUAAAGGGACCCCUGACCAUUAGGUCCAGUCGUGACCGACUCUGGGGUUGCGGACCAGAGCGGCACACGGAAACGCCGUUUACCUUCCCGCUGUAGCUAUUUAUCUACUUGCACUUUGACAUGCUUUUGAACUGCUAGGUUGGCAGGAGCAACUGGAACUCACCCCGUUGCGGGGAUUGAAACUGCCGACCUUCUGAUCAGCAAGCCCUGGGCUCAGUGGUUUAACCCACAGCGCCACUUGCGUCCCCAAAAAUUGAAUGGUACAUGCAUGUAUUUAGUCUCCUUCUGUUCUGAAGUACAUAUUAGUAGGCUGACCCUACUUAUGCCUAUAUUUUAGCAUGAAAUGGGGUUUAAAAUGCAUAGAUAACACACGUUAAUAUCCUCAGCUGUUUAGAUGCUAGCACACAAAUAUUUGAGGACCCACAUGGUGUAGUGGUUAGUGUGUUGGCCUAAGAUCUGGGAAAUCAGGGUUCAAAUCAUCCAUUGGACUUGAAGUUCACUGGGUGACCUGUGAGCCAGUCACUGCCUUUUAGCUUAACAUACCUCUCACAGUUUGCUGUAAAAUACAAUUGGAAAGGGGGAGAACUCAUUGUGCAGGGUAUUCUACCCUAUGCACAUGGAGGAGGGCCUCUGGUGAUGAUCUUGGUAAGAUAUAAAAUAAAGAAUGCAAUUGUGUUCAACAAUUGCUGUCUGUCAAAUGCAUCAGCAAUCAAUAUCCUGGGGUUGGCUUCCAUAGACCGUGGUUGUUGAACACAAAGCCCAGUGGAUGGCUUUUAAGCAGGAAACUUCUGCUUCCUGACUAUGGCUUUAACAUUUCGCUUAGUAAGCUAUUUUUGCAGUUUGCAUUGUUGACCAGAAUGACUUUUGUUGGCUGAGGCGUAUUAGAAUUUUGCAGGUUGUUUUUAAGUGUUUCAGCAGUUUGAUUUUUACUGGGAUGAGUUUAGAAAGCAUAGACACUUAUGAAAUAGCACACAUAUGUAAAUUUGGGAAACAGUGAAUGAAAGUUCUAAGGGUCAUGACUAAUUUUAAAAAUGGCAUGAAGAGUCCCUAAUAGAAACAGACCGGGAAAAUCAAUGGAAUGUCAAUACAGACUAAAAUAAUAAGUCUCAAGGAAGUACUAGGUGCCUUCCUGUAAUUCAUGGAUCUCAAGGUUCCAGUGGCACUAAUGUGUAAAGUUUAAAAGGAACUAAAUAAUACAGAAAAACUGAAGAUGACAAUUAAAGUAUCUACAAAGUGGGUCAAAUCAAUGGACCAUCCUGGCAAAGACCAGAUAAUAUUCUUGGACCUAAGAGAAGUGAACAAGUAAACAUUUUCAAAUGCCUGCCGUAGAAGAAAUCAUUAGUAAAUUAGCAGGAGCAGCAAUAUUUGUAGUCCUGUGAGCCCGUACUUGACAGUUUCAACAAAAGUUCAAAGCAAUUUCUUCAGCUCCAGAUGUAGCAAAGGAUGACCCAUCAGGCAUGUGAAGGCCUUGAUAGUGUUGCAUGUUAUAUAGAUGAUGAUGAUGAUGAUUCUGGUGUGGGGAAAGACACAGGAAACAGGAAAUGUGACUUAUAUGAGUCAGACUCAUUGGUCCAUCUAGCCCAGUAUGAGCUAGGUACACCGACUGCCAGCAGCUUUCCAGGAUUUCAGGCAUGUCUCUCCCAGGAGACAAAUGGAGAUGCUGCAGAUUGACCCUGAGACCUUCUGCAUGAAAAGCAGAUGCUGUACCACUGAACUACAGCCUCCCCAGACAAAAAUGUAAGAGUGACAUGUCACAGGGCGGUGUAGGUAUAGUUGCAGCUCAUCAGACAUAAUUACGUCUCAAUUGUGGGCACUGCACACAUUAGGAAUUUCUCACAACAGCGGAGUACAAAUGAUUGCAUACACUUUCCUGCUUUAAAGCAAUGCUGUUUUUCCAUGAUGUAAAGUGACCCGAGGCACAGAAGCUUCCUAGCCCUGCACUGCUUGAAACUUUCUAGCUCCAGAUUUCCAAUGAUAGAAUAAUAGCUGUGUAUUUUACAGUACAAUCCUGUACACAUAUACUCUGAAAUAAGAUCAGUUGAGGUCAGCAGUGCUUACUCUCAGUAAGUACUAAGUAGGUAAAGGAUUGCAACUUUUGUAGUCCAAGAGUUCUGGCCGUUUUACCUAUCUGACUGGGUGUGUUGUUUACAGGAGAUGGGCUUGUUAUGUGUACAUACUGUACAGCCCUAUGAAGCAGCAACUUAACGGGGCAUCUAGGCUACAGGACAUCACAAGAACCCCCAAAGUGCAUUAGGUUUACAUAGUAAUGCAUAUGAUUGUGUGCAGAUAUGUGUCUGGGCACAUACAAUAUAAAAUCUGUAACUUAGCAAAAUCAGACACCCUCAAGCUCCACUUCCAUACAUUAUGCUGUCAUAAGGUAUAUUCUAAAUAACAACAUUUCCUAAUAUAAAAUUCAAUGCUGACAUGGGGGAAAGCCCUACCCCUGCAGUCCAACGGCCAUUAUCCAUAAAAAGUUCCUUGCUUACUUUGGAAGGUACAUUACUAAAACGUCAUAUUGUGCUGGAAGCGUUUUGCUAACCUCUUACUCUUUACAUAUUUAUUUAAUAAACAAGUAGCAUACAGAGUUCUAUUAUCAGACCAGCUCUAUUGCUGAGGUCAAAAGAAGUUACCUAUGACUACGGUAUUUCCAUCGGACAAAUGAUCAGUGGGACUCAACAGUAUGGCUAAUUUUGGAUUGGGGCCGUUGUAUAAUAUGUUUUAAAAUAUCCCAGUGCCUUGGUUCAGAUAUGAGUGAUAUCAUUUCUAGGACAGUUAGCCCAGACAGGUGAAAGUGAGUAUGCAGCACAUAGUUAAACUAUGGGAUUAAUUGUUACAGGAGGCAGUGAUGGUCACCAACUUGGGUGGCUUUCACUGAGGAUUAGAAGUAUUCAUGGGGGAUAAGGUUAUCAAUGGUUAUUAGUCAUGAAUGAUGGCUAUGUUCUAGCUCAACAGUCAGAGGCAGUAUGCUUCCAAAUACCAGUUGCUGGAAAUAACAAGCGGCGAGAGUGUUGCUGUGUUCUGGACCUGCUUGCCAGUGUCCCAUAAGCAUCUGGUUGGAUGCUGGACUAUGUGGGCCUUUGACCUGAUCCUGCAGGGCUCUUAAGUUCUUCGACUUUCACCUGGCACCAUAACCUUGUGUGUGGCAUGUAACAUUGCUAUAUUGGAUUCUAUUUUUAUUGUUGAUGCUGGUUGGUUAUUUUUUAUUCUGCUUUUUAUUUUACACGUAUCUACCUUUGCAUGAAGAGUAGACUAAAAAUAUGGCCAAAAAAAGAGAGACUUGAACAAUGUCAUAUGCACAUUGCAGUCACUCCCAAGAUUAGAUUAGCCAUAUCUCUCCCUCCUCAGCAGUACUUGCAACACCUUUCAGUGUUGACGCCUAAGAGGAAUGUCCGUGGGUGUUUGUGGGAUUUGCUCUCCCUCCAAACCAGCUGGGAGCAAGCUUUGCAGAACACCCUGCAUCCCACAAUAAUUUCAUGCAGUUCUCUAAACACCCACAAGUUGCCUUCAUAAAACUCGCAUGUCUUGUAUACAUGCACAAUAUGACUCUGUUGUGUUGUUUUUUUUAAAAAAGAACCAUGUACCUUAUCAGAUAGGGAAAGUUGUCAUUGGCAUUUGCUGUAUAGUUUGGGGAAAAGGCUGGGUUUUGAAUUCUAGGGGGGUGGGAUGCAUUGUAAUUACAAUGCAAUUACAGUAGUGAAAAGCCCCCAAAGCUGCUUCACACAUUUUGUGCAGUGCCUAGGUUGUAGACCAGGGGUCAGCAAACUUUUUCAGCAGGGAGCCAGUCCACUGUCCCUCAGACCUUGUGGGGGGGGGGGGCGGACUAUAUUUUUUUUGGGGGGGGAUGAACAAAUUCCUAUGCCCCACAAAUAACCCAGAGGUGCAUUUUAAAUAAAAGCACAUAUUCUACUCAUGUAAAAACACCAGGCAGGCCCCACAAAUAACCCAGAAAUGCAUUUGAAAUCAAAGGACUCAUUCUACUCAUGUAAGAGCACGCUGAUUCCCAGACCGUCCACGGGCCGGAUUGAGAAGGCGAUUGGGCCGCAUCCAGCCCCUGGGCCUUAGGUUGCCUACCCAUGUUGUAGACACUCAAUAGUAAUGAUUUACACAAAGAAGCUUGUACACAAUGUAUGAAAAUAAAUAAGGCUCUCCUGCCCGUACCACCAUUAACUAAAAUUUGCUUAGUGUAGUGCAGGGCACCACCUUCUCAGUGGUGGGAUCCCAGUUUUAGAAUACUGGUGCUGUUGAACUUCUUGUGCCAGUUAAAGAUGUGCAUUUUUGCUCAUGAUUUUGCUGGAGUUUAAUGUCAGAUUGAUUGAUGUGAUUUUUGUUUAAUUUGUGAUUUAUGUAGUUUUAUUAUGUUGGUGUACAGUACUGAAAUUCCUUGCAGUGAAUUGUUGCUUCUUUCUAUUGGGAGGCGUCCAUAGUUUAAAAAGAAGAUAGAGAAUUUCCAUGUUCCAGGUGUGCAUUACUUAGGACACUUGCUGCUUUUCAGGCCAAACUCUUAAUACUCCUCCAAAAAAGGAAGGUAUACUAAUAAUAAUAAUAAUAAUAAUAAUAAUAAUAAUAAUAAUAAUAAUUUAUUAUUUAUACCCCGCCCCUCUGGGUGGGUUUCCCCAGCCACUCUGGGAGGCUUCCAACAAAAUAUUAAAAUACAAUAGUCUGUCAAACAUUAAACCUCCGUGAACAGGGAUGCCUUCAGAUGUCUUCUAAACAUCAGAUAGUUGUUUAUUUGAAAUCUGAUGGGAGGGCAUUCCACAGGGCGGGCGCCACUACCAAGAAGGCCCUCUGCCUGGUUCCCUGUAACUUGGCUUCUCGCAGUGAGGGAACCGCCAGAAGGCCAUUGGCGCUGGACUCAGUGUCUGGGCAGAACGAUGGUGGUGGAGACGCUCCUUCAGGUAUACUGGGCCGAGGCCAUUUAGGGCUUUAAAGGUCAGCACCAACAUUUUGAAUUGUGCUCGGAAACGUACUGGGAGCCAAUGUAGGUCUUUCAAAGUAUCCUUUUAAGGUAUCCUUAAAUUCCAAUUUAAAUGCAUUGUUUCAAUAAAAAGGGCGGACAGGGUCUUUUUGUUGUUGUCAGAUAGUUUUCUAACGCUUUCUAAAUGUAGAUUCAUUUCUACAUCUAGCUUUAAAUCUGGGGUUGUCAUUAGAAAUUGCUUUUAUUGCUGUUUCAGAAGGCAUAUGCCUCCUGUACUCCUGAUGCUGGAAAAAGCAAUACCAGGAGUACAACCCUGUUAAUUCUCCUGGACCCCUCAGUGGCUUUUGUUGUCAUUUACUACAACAUCCUUCUCUGGAUAGGCUCUUUGAGUUUACCAUAUGAUGUUCAGGUGGUUCUGCUCCUACCUGCUUGCCUGAUUUCUAGAAGAGAGCACUGAGGGACAACUGUUUGGCCUUGAGGCAUGUCUGCCACAGGAUGCCACAAGCGCCCAUUUUGUGUGCCAUGCUUUUUAACUUCUGUGUGAAACUGCUGAGUGAGGUCAUCUGCAGAGUUGGGUGUUGUCUGUAUGCUUGAUGAUUCUGAACUUUUAAAAUGCUGAUUUAAGCAAGGCACAGAGUUGUCUAGGAUGAGUAAGGAGAAUUAAGAGCCAGUAAACAAAAUAGGGGUAGUUUAUUUGAUGGGUAGUUAGUUUGGAUGGGAUUUAACAAUUAAUUAAAAUGGAGAUUUGAACCCUGAUCUCCCAGAUUUAGUCUAAAACUCUAACCCAGCCUUUCUUAACCUUGGAGUCCCCAGAUGUUGUUGGACUACAAUUCCCAUCAUCCCUGACUAUUGGGCCUGCUAGCUAGGGAUGAUGGGAGUUUUGGUCCAACAGCAUCUAGAGAUCCAAGGUUGAGAGAGGCUGCUCUAACCACUACACCACAGUAUUCCACAUGCACUCCAGCUGCUGUCUAGCCUGUUUCAUUACCCACAGAUCCUCUAAAUUUAUGUAUCGGCAUUGCAAUUCAUUACCUUCAAGAACACUAUUUAUUUACUUCUGUUCAAGAUAUUUGUUUACACUAUAGUGAAGGGCAUGCUUAGGUCUUCUCUGGAGAGCAACAUGUUAAAGUGCAACCAGGAAAAACUGAGCUGCAUUCCUCAACUUUUCUCAUGGGCUGCUCCCAUAUCCACAAAUCUCAUGCGGGAGAAAGGCAUGUGUUUCGCACAAUGCUGAGCCAUGUUCGUUCUUGCCUUCCUUUGAAUAGGAACAGCGCUUUGUGAAACUGGUUUUCAUUUAAGCCCAAGUCUGCAGUAUUUCCAGUGUACAAACCAGAUUACUGUCCUCCAAGCAGCCAUGUGAGAUGGAUAAGACUGGAAGAUUGUAUUGUCCAAGGGCAUUAAUUAGUUCAAGAUUUAUAUCUUUAAUGCUCCAGAAAGUAAACGCCCACAGUUGCUAAUAAGCAAAAUUAAAACAUUAAGAGAAGCAAUUUUUAAAGCCUCUAAAAAGCUGAUGAGCUCUAUGGCUGAGCAGAAGUUUGAAUUUGGAUACCCCCCUCCAGACCCAGCACUCCUGUUAUCUGCAUCCAGCCAAUGUGGUUCAUGUAUUUGAAAUCAUGACAACGAAAAGGCUUCCCAUGUUUUAAAAGGAAUGAACGGUCAUUACCUACCCUUUGUGUAAAGUUCCCGUGCUUUACGCACCUAGCAGAACUUCUCUACCCGUUCAGUCUUUGUUAAUGAUAAUCACUGUAUUAAUUAUUCUAAAUAAUGUGUUUUGUACUACUAAACGAGACGCUGGAGUUGAACAACAAAGCUGCUUCUCUUUUCAAACUUUGCUGGCCAUCAACUUGACAACAUUUAAUCAUUUUUAUAUACGUCUUCGAAAAAGAGAUGUUCCUCACAUUUAACAAUGGGUGCCUUCUUUUUUAUGUUACAGCUGACCUCUCCAGACAGCAAUGCUAAACAUGGAUGGUGUGUUCAUCUCAGAGACUAAAGCCAAUUCUGUCCUGAAAAGAUAUCCGCGGGCUAAUGGGUUUUUGGAGGAAUUAAAGCAAGGAAACAUUGAACGCGAAUGCUUUGAAGAAAUUUGUAACAGAGAAGAGGCAAGAGAAGCUUUUGAAAAUGAUGAGAAGACGAUGGAGUUCUGGAAGGACUACACAAAGAAGCUCAAUGGAGAAAUUGAUGGAGGACAUAACUGGUAUCCAUUUUACCUUGUGGUUCCAUUAAUCAUUGGCUUUUUCGUUAUUCUCCUUAUCGUAUUUAUCACAUGGAGGUGCCUGUUCAGAAAGAAAAUGCGUAGACGUUCCAUGUAUGCCCAUAGCAGAACCAGAGAAGUCGCAGGUGACAGAACUGUUGCAGAUGGAAGCAGUCCACUUCCUCAGCCACUCAGCAUUCUUCAUUCCCCCCAGGAAGAAAUGUUUGAAGGCAACGGACACUCUCCAGGAUAUCUGAGCUACACAGAUGGACGUUCAGACUCAAUAUCAAUCAGGCUGUCAAAUUACGACCCACCGCCAUCGUAUGAGGAAGUGGCUGGUGCAAAUGGCCCGAGAAGAAAGGAAACGGAAAAUCACUUGGAUCCACCGCCUCAAUACGAACACAUUGUGAAUAGCAUUUCAGUGACUCCUAUUACCACUAAAUGAGCAGCGAGAAUUCUGGGCCCGGUCUUUUAAAGGGGAUGAGGAAUGAAGCCUGAUACUUUUUUAGCACUUUAUUGCAGCUUAAUUAUACAUUUCGAAGAUUUGUAAUGCUAACACCACUUCCUCUUCCCCUGUCCCAGAUUAGUAUUGUUCCACAUAUUCCCCCAGCCCUGGAAACAAUGCAGUUUUGAUACAGUUGUGCAUACUUCCAGAGGUGCAAUUUCUGUCUUUCUGUAUUGCUGGAGGUGAUCUUGCAGCAGACCUAAAGGGCUCCCUAACCACACACACACACACACACACACACACACAGGAAUCUAAAACCAAAAAAGGCCAAUAAUUUUUGUCCUUUUGCUUUUUGUGCAUUAUAAGCCACACCUAACAGAAACCAGUUAAGCCAGCUGGCAUGAAUGGUAAUAGCUGCCUCUACCAAAGAGAGCACAUUGCCCUGGGUAAGGUUGAAACAUUUUGACGAAUAACACUUCGUAUAGUUGUGAAAAAUGUGGUAAGCUACUGAUUAAUUGUAGGUUCCAGCAAAAAAAAUUUUACUCCUGAGGUGGAGCAUAGUACUAAAAAUAUUUUUCCCCGAUUAUGUAAACUAGAAACACAUACUGAUAGUAAUUAAUUUUGUUCCUGUCUUCAGUGCAGCUAUAACAACCUAUCUUCCAGAGUAAAGGUUAAGAGUACAGGGGAAGGGAGCUUUUUUCUGUGAUUGACAUAAGACGUGAUAAGCCCUAUACAGAAGCUCUCUCUUUCCUGCUUUCUGUGGGAAAUGUGUCUGCUUGAGAGCCCAUUGCACUAAUUAUCCCAUGACCAGUGGGAGUAUACCUUAUCAGUAUUUGGUUGCAGUUCAAUGAAUUGUUCCACGUUUGUAUUCAUUUCAUAUUUUACACACUAUGAAAUGGCCUAUUGUUUUUUUUUUUAGUUACAAAACUCAAUUCUGACCAGUCUGUGCUUUUUCACUUCAAAGAGAUGCUGUUAAGAUCUGACUGUUCUCUUGUUUAUGCAUGCUGGCUUUUAAAAGCAGAUAAGAGGUGGUGCUUAAAUCACCAGAAAUCUAUAGGUGAUUUUAUUCCAAAAGCAGUGCUGAGAAAGUGCUGCUUCUCUUCGCCCUAGGGUUUUAAUAGCAGCUCUUAUUUCUCAAUGGGGGGGGGGUAGGAAAAUGAGUGAGAAAUGUGAAGGUGGGGGCUUGCCUGUACAUAUUUAUCUCUUAAAACCGAUUGUUUUGAGCCGUUCAUGGCGAACUACAACAGUGCAUGAAGGUAAGAAGAGGGUGAUUUCUCCCCCGUAACCUGGUGAGGUGUUUCAUAUUACAAGUUCCAUCAUCACUGACAAUUGACCAGGCUGGCUGGGGCUGGUGGGAGUUGCGGUCGAAAACAUCUGAUGGGCAGCAGAUUUUGGAGUGCUGCCCUAAAGCAUUUCAGUCUGGCUAACCAGACAAGAGUGAAUGUGGCAACCUUUCUCAUACUUGGCCCCCCGUUUUCCUAAGCUGAAAUUGAAGGCAUUCUAUAGUGUCAAUUAUCAUAGAUUUGCCCAGAAAGUAAUCUCUUCUGAAGGCAGGUACCUCUACUGCAUUUCUGCAUUAUGGGUGUUAUGUGGAUCAUUCAGCCACUGUUAUUAAAUAAAUAUUACACAGAGUCCCAAGAGCAGUGUGUUUUACACAAGAGCAGCAGAAUGAUCAAAACCACACCUCCAGUGCAGAACCGCGGGCAAAUUACUUGCCUCUCACACAGGGUCGUUGGCAAGAAGACAUGCCCACUGUCUCAAAGGAACACUUUUAACAACUUAUUUCUCUCAGCACACUUGCGAUUCUCUCACAGUCACAGUAGUUUGUGCUAACACACAUUUUGGGAAUGACUGGUUGAUGUAUUCUUCAAGUUAAAACAGUAUAGGCACACUUUAAAAUUUGGAUUUAGCAUAUCAUAUGAAUGGACGAAAGCUUAAAAUGUUGAACCUGUUAGAAAAUAGAAUCGUGGGUUUUUUCCCCUCCUACACAACUCUCUUCAGCUUCCACGUUGGCGGCAGGUGUUCUAUUGACAAUGGGGUGGAUCCAAGCAUAGUUGUGCUUGAAGCAGAGCCAGUGGAAUCAAUGGGACUUAGCCGUGGCUGAAGUUCCACUGGCUUCAGUGAGUCUUAAGUCUAGAUCCAACUCGCAAGGUGCGUAUGGUCUUAAACUUGAGGUCACUGAUCAUUGUGGUUAUGCCAAGUGUACUAAGUAGAAUAAAAAUGGGGUGAUUAGCUGUAGGCCCAUGUGCACAUUCUCCCCACACCCAAUUUUCUUUCCUGGCUAAUAUAUCUCCUUUCUUUCUUCCCUGUGUGUUCCCAUUUUGUGUUUGCACCCAUUUCCCCAGUUUUUGGACUGUGGAUUCUGAGCCACAGUGGCAAUGUGAGUACAGAAUCAAGAAGCGGCCCUUUGUGUAUUUUUCAGAAGUGUUGUUCCAGAGCAAGAAGGGUUCCGUGUCUCCCUUUUUGGGUUCCAGCAGGGUGCAUUGCUUUUUGGUAGCAGUAACCACCAUGGUGGGGGGAUAAUUUUACCUUCCAGGUAUGAAAAUAUCUCCAGUCCUGCCUUUUUCUGCUGGAAAACUAUCCUAUAUCUCUGUUAACAAGGCAUUUAUUAGUAUAAUCUUGGUCAGAUGAGACACACACACACACACACACCAGUUACCCCAAAAAGCUUGUGAAAUCAUAGCAAGCAGUUAAACUUGUAGUGCAGCAAAGUCAGCUUUGUGAACUGGGUGGCAAAUGGAACAUGCUUGUAUUCUCCAGCAAGACAUUUAUCUUUGCUUCCUUUGACUUUAAAUUAGUGCAUUGUGAUGGGGAAAUCUCCAGUGGCUACUGCUAAAGGGCUUGUUUUAAUAUCUGCUAAAGAUAAAUUCAAUGAGACUGCACAGCCUUCAAGGCCAGACUGUUUCCUUCUAUGCAGCUUUACAGAUGGAAGUUCCUAAUAAUAUUCCUCUAGAUGCUUCUGUUUUUACUUUACCUCAAAACACCUUGAUGCACAGCCAGAGUGAAUCAUUCCUGUGAUAAAGUGCCUCAUAUCUGACUUACAGAAAUCACUUGGGAUGGGGCAGAGAAAAAUCUAUUGUUAAGAUCAGUUCUGUUGUUGGCCUCUUCUGUUGCUGCUGAUCAAAGAACGCUCGCAUGAUACACACCAAGAGAAGCUCCCCAGUUUCUAUUGAAUCUCAGAUUUUCCUCAUCUCAUGUAUAAAUUUAGUCCUGUGUUGCAGGUGGUUCCAAUUAUAUAACCCAUAAAAAUGAGGCUUCCUAUUAGCUUGAUUUUUGUGCAUUGCUGUUCCUGAAUUGAUCACGUAUUAAUCCAACUAACAUGAUUUAUACAGAAUGUUUAUUUUUUCAAAAAAUGGUUAACUAUUUUUAAACGGUUGUUGCCUUGCAGUAGAUAAUAUAAAACAUAACCUCGCCUAUAAAAGUUUUGGAUGUGUGUAUUUUACGUUAAUAAUAGGCAAUGUGAUAUAUUUUGCACCUGGUGUAUAACAAUGCCAUUAUCUUGUGAAGUUCUUAAUACUUCUAUGUUAUAAAAGAAGUAACAAUGCAGAAGCCAUGUGUUGUCCAUAACAGUUAUCCUGACUCUGGUGACAACUUGUUCAGUGCAUGUAAAUAACUCCAAUUUUAUUGCAGUAUUAAAUGUUUUUUAAUAUGGUUUACAUUUAAAUUAAUGCUAUUUUAAAAACAUUUUGGGGUGGGAUCCUGGUAUGCAAUAAAGCUAUUUUUAAAUUC